CGCCUAGUGGCAGACCCAUAUAGGAAUUUUACAUCUAAGAUGCAAUCGCUGCUGAGUCCUUCAAGGUGCAUUGGGCAUUGUGGCUUGCAGCAAUCGACAAGAAAAGCAAAUGCUGUGAUAUCUGUGUUCGGGCGUCAACCACGGAUAGGUGGAAUCGGCUACGGAUGUGACGUGAGGCCUCUUCGAGCUCAGCCCGAGCAGCAACCUCCUCCCAAACCGGUAGCUGCGGACGAGGAACUUCCACCUUGGGUGCGUCGGGAGAAGGAGCGCGAGCUCCAAUCCAAGCUAGGCCCUACCGGCCUACCCUGGCCGCUGUACCUCCUCUUCUCCAUAUUUACAGCAAUCGCGGCCGUCGGAUCUAUCUUUGAGUUCACCGACCGCAAUCCACUCUUCGGAGUGCUUCCGCCCGAGAACCCGCUUUGGGCCCCCAUCCUGCUCUUCCUAGCAGCCACCGGCCUCCCAACAGCUGGUUUCCUGUUCAUAAAGGGAGUCAACGGCUUCAAUGAGGAGGCAGAGCGGCAAGACAAGCUGGACGGCUACUUGUGAGGCCGUCGGGGAGGAGGGGAGCUGGUGGAAGAGGGUCAUGUAAGGAGAGGCUAUGGAAGCUGGCAUGCGGAUGGCUAUGGGGAUGAUAGCUGGCAGGCGCAUGCCGGACAGGGGCUGGAGUGGUCUGGUGGUAACGUUAAGGCAGGGCAGAGCUAACGUCUACAAGGGCGGCUUAGAGCGCAACUGACGUCUACAAACCCUAACGUCUACAAGGGCGGCUUAUAGCGCAACUGGCGUGGGAGACUGAGCAUACAAGACGUAUAUGCCCUAUCGAACUGCGGUUUGGGGGCUGUCAGCAAUGGUAACUCGCUAAUCAGGAGUCCCUGGCGCCCAGCAGGGGGGGCGACGGGUCGCAUGACUGUCGUGGGUACCGGUACGGGUAUGCCCCGUCCCACGGGAGCAAAGGGGGCGCUCGUACGUCGUGAACAUGAAGGGUAUGUUGCUGUUGGGAGAGGACAG